CUAAAUUGAAAUUGGCCCAAAGGCCACCAUUUAUUUAUAUAUUUAUUUGUUUAUUGGAGAAAAAAAAAAGAAAAAGAAAAAAGAGAGCGCCAAUAAACCGUUCAAACUUGGUCUACUGCCAUGGACGGACGACGACGACACUUCGAUAACCCUAACUUCUCUUGACUCUCUGUUCCAAUAAUUUUUACCCUAAUAUAUAUUUUUAAAUUUUUUUUUCCGAUUGAAACUGGCCCUUAUCGCCAUAGACUCGAAAUGCCGUUGAGAUCCGGCCAUGGACGGGGAGGCUAACCUUCCGGUUCCACCAUCCGGCAAUCUGGUCCGCUCGAUUCCCAAUCAAGACACGUCAUCAUCUUCCUCUCCGCCCGGUCUCAUCCGCGAUGUCCAAGCCGCCUUCAAGCGCCAUCGCUCACUCGGGCUUCCAGGUACAAUGCAGACGAAUGGUAUAGUGCCUAGACGGACAGUGGUUCCUCAGCGCGCAGCUUCUAGAAAUGUGGGUGCGAAUGCUGGUGCUAACAAGUCUCGGGAUUGUAUCUCGUCAAGCAAUGUUCAGUUGGUCAAGGGCAAAUUUAUGGUUGGGGAGUAUCAAGAAGAUGCAUCCAAUACUACACCUUCCAUCACAGGAACUAUCACCAAAACCUUUGAUGAAGAUUUCAACCCAUUUGAUGUUGGUCGAGAUCCUCCCAAGGAGUUUGUUGAUAAAAAAGAGAAUUAUCUGAUUCCUUCGCACGAUGUAGAAUCUAAACAUGUUGACUGUCAGAGAAAGGUUCGGUUUUUAACUGGAGAUAAUGCCACUUCCCAGGGGGCCGAUGAUGGAAUGGCCAUUGGCUUGGAGAACUUAUCAUCUCAUAUGGAUUCCCUUUCCUUGACAGAAAUGGAAUGGGAUGCAGUCAAUCAAGUAGAGGCAUCAACUGUUGUCAAUAAUGAGUCAAAGCACCGACAUUUUCAGAACACAGAAUCUGGCACCACUUUGAAGUCUGAUGGUGGGAUCUCUUCUUUGGCCAAAAGAACUACAGUUAUUCAAGAUCAGAUACAUCAGUUAGGAAACUUUUUAGGGCAACCCCUCACUCAAUCUUCAGUUGUAGGGCCGCCAUCUUCUACCAUAACAUCUAUCCAUUCAAGUUCAGCUCCAAUGCUUAACCUGACAACUUAUUGCUCUCAUUCUCUUCAAGAAGAAGGUUCUCAUGUGGAAAAAGAACCACUGGGAUAUUUUGAUGUGAAUUGUCAACUUGGAAAUCAAGGAGAUAUGAUGCAGCAGCCAUUCCCUUCAACUAAGGAAACGAGUGGAAUGUUACUUGAUCAGACAGCUCUUGCAGCAAGGGCUUCUACCUCUGGCAAUGAUAAACAAAUGGAGGUAAAGGGAUUUGACUUGCCUAGAAAGCAAGAAGGAUGUUUGGCAAAUAAGGAUGAACUUUCAAAGGAUCCUUGUCCUCAAUAUACUAAGUCAAUCAAAGGUCAAGAUUCUGCAGGUGAUGUGACUAAUAUACAAUCUCAGGCUCCACCGCCGAAGGACUUAACUUUGGAUGUAAAAUUAGACCCUUUGAAAGAAGAGAAGCAAAGGAAGGCUGCAAGUAAUAAAGGAGCAUCAGCUCCUCGUAAAAGGAAUUAUGAUCCUGAUUUGUUCUUCAAAGUAAAUGGGAAGCUGUAUCAAAGGCUUGGAAAGAUAGGCAGUGGAGGAAGUAGUGAGGUUCACAAAGUCAUUUCAUCAGAUUGUGCAAUAUAUGCACUUAAGAAAAUCAAGCUCAAAGGUCGUGACUAUGCUACUGCAUAUGGGUUCUGCCAGGAAAUUGAAUAUUUAAAUAGGUUGAAGGGAAAUAACAGCAUCAUCCAGUUAAUAGACUAUGAGGUUACAGAUAAGAAUCUGCUCCGAGAAGUAAUGAAUGGCAGCAUGUCAAAUAAAGAUGGCAGAGUCAAGGAUGAUGGCUAUCUAUUUAUGGUACUUGAAUAUGGAGAGAUUGAUUUGGCUCAUAUGCUAUCCCAGAAAUGGAAGGAAAUGGAUAGCUUCAAUCAGACUAUAGAUGAGAACUGGCUUCGAUUUUAUUGGCAGCAAAUACUUCAAGCUGUCAACACUAUACACAAGGAACGUAUUGUACAUUCAGACUUGAAGCCAGCUAACUUCCUUCUUGUAAAAGGUUCUCUAAAACUUAUUGAUUUUGGUAUUGCCAAAGCCAUAAUGAGUGAUACAACCAACAUCCAAAGAGAUGCACAGGUGGGUACUCUGAGUUACAUGUCUCCUGAGGCAUUCAUGUGUGUUGAGAGCGAUGAAAAUGGAAAUACUAUAAAGUGCGGCCGGCCUUCAGAUAUAUGGUCCCUUGGGUGCAUACUUUACCAAAUGGUUUAUGGGAGGACCCCUUUUGCUGAGUACAAGACUUUCUGGUCCAAGUUCAAAGUUAUAACAGAUCCAAACCAUGAAAUAACAUAUGGACCAGUUUCUAACCCGUGGCUACUUGAUUUAAUGAAGAAAUGUCUAGCAUGGGAUCGAAAGAAGAGGUGGAGGAUUCCUCAGCUACUAGAACACCCUUUUCUAGUUCCCCCAGUCCCUCCCCAACUAUGUUUGUCUCAAAACCAAAACUGUCAACUGCUUGAUCUUAUAGCUAAAGAAUGUUCCAACAACCAAGAUGCUUUGAUGAUAUCAACUCAGCUGAGUCAACUACUUAGAUACCCAAUGUCACAGAUAACAUCCCAAGAACAACAAUGUAAGUUGCUCUCUCAAAUCUCAAAGCUUUGCCGCCAGCUCCAUGAACAUUUAAGCAAGUUAGGGUGAGAGUUGGUAAUACUCUGCAUGAGGUUUCUUGAGCUCAUUCUUUUGUUCUUUUGUUCUGUUGUAAUGUUAUGUAAAAUUCACAUUGUGAAUCUCAGUCUUCUGUAUUUUUUUUGCCUUUUCAGUUUGUGACAAAAAAAAAAUUGUGGUAUCAAUUUUCUUGAUUGAUGAAA